AAAACACGGUUUUGAUCUGAGGUCUCAGCAGUCAGGCAGUCACUCCACACCCCCAGCAGCAACCUACGCAAGAGGAGAGAGAAAGUGCGCGACGAGAGAGCAGUCGCCAUGCCUACUGUUAGCGUUGGAAGAGACCGUCUUUUCGACGCUCUUGGCCAAACUUAUGAAGAUAAAGAAUUUGAAGAAUUGUGCUUCAGGUUCGGCAUUGAGCUCGAUGCUAUAACAACGGAGAAGGCAAUUAUGAGGAAGGAGAAGCAUUUAACAGACAAUGAGUCGACAGAAGAUGAAGAAAUUAUAUACAAAAUUGAAGUACCUGCUAAUAGGUAUGAUUUACUUUGUCUGGAGGGUCUUGCGCAGGCCCUGCGAAUUUUCGAAGAGCGUCAAGCUACUCCGACGUAUACGCUCACUAAUGUUACGGAUCAAUCAGUGCUGAAAAUGCAUGUAAAAUCAGAGACAUCUUCAAUCCGGCCUUUUGUUGUUUGUGCUGUUCUAAGAGGUGUUACUUUUGAUGAAGUAAGAUACAACAGCUUCAUUGAGCUUCAAGAUAGGCUGCAUCAGAACAUAUGCCGCCGAAGAACCUUGGUAGCUAUUGGGACUCAUGACUUGGAUACCAUCCAAGGCCCUUUCACUUAUGAGGCUUUGCCACCAUCCGAAAUAGAUUUUGUCCCAUUGAAGCAGGUAAAAUCAUUCAGGGUGGAUGAGCUAAUGGAGUUCUACAAGUCUGAUUUGAAGCUGAAGAAAUACUUGCAUAUAAUAGAGAACUCACCUGUGUUUCCAGUUAUAUAUGAUCGUGACAGAACAGUGUUGUCUUUACCCCCAAUAAUAAAUGGCGCACAUUCAGCUAUUACUCUGGAGACAAAAAAUGUUUUCAUAGAAUGUACAGCCACUGAUUUGACGAAGGCUAAGAUUGUUCUGAAUACUAUGGUUACUAUGUUCUCGGGGUACUGUGAAAAGAAAUUUGAAGUUGAACCAGUUGAAGUGCUAUAUUCAGAUGGAAAGUCAUAUGUUUGUCCUGAUCUUUCACUCUAUGAGAUGGAAGUAUCUCUGUCGUACAUCAAUGAUGCAAUUGGAGUAUCUCUGGAGGCAGAUGAGGUUACUCAAUUAUUGAAGAAGAUGCAAUUGGAUGCCAAGAAGUUUGAUUCAGCUGAUAAUCAGUGCAAAAUUAAUGUUUUGAUUCCUCCUACCAGAAGCGAUAUUCUUCAUCCUUGUGAUGUGAUGGAGGAUGUUGCUAUUGCUUUUGGAUACAAUGAAAUUCCAAAGAGAAAGCCUGCAUCGAUAAAGCCACUGGGAUUGAAUGAACUAAGUGAUCUGAUUAGAUCUGAGAUUGCAAUGAAUGGAUUUUCAGAGGUUUUGAAUUGGAUAUUGUGCUCUUACAAAGAAAAUUUUUCCAUGUUGAGUCGUAAGGAUGACAAAUCGUCUGCAGUGAUUAUUGCAAAUCCUCGUUCUGCUGAUUUUGAGGUGGUACGUAGCAGUCUCAUGUCUGGUAUAUUGAAAACUGUCGGACAUAAUAAAGAUCAUCCGAAGCCUAUCAAGAUUUUUGAAGUUGGUGAUAUAGCGCUCCUUGAUGAUACAAAAGAUGUUGGUGCCCGGAAUUGCCGUCAACUUGCAGCGCUUUAUUGUGGUGCUAGUUCUGGUUUUGAGAUAAUACACUCCCUAAUCGACAGAGUUAUGGAAAUAGUUGGUACUCCUUUUGUUGCUGAAGGGGAUUGCUCUGGCUACUACAUAAAGCGUGCAGAUAACCCGGAGUUUCUUUCGGGGAGGCAAGCCAACAUCAUUUACAAAGGCAAGCACAUAGGCACUUUUGGUAUUGUGCAUCCAGAGGUCUUGAACAACUUUGAUAUUCCAGAUCCUUGUUCGUAUGUGGAACUUAAUGUAGAGAGCUUCUUAUAGUUGUUAUCUUGUUAUAAAACUGGUUCCUGCAAUUGUCCGUAUUUUGGUCUCAUUUCAUGACGAGCUGUGAGCCUCUGAUUUUAGUUGGGUGUGUAAACAGCAACGUGAUGCUUGAUGGAAAUAUCAUGUAACUUUGGAUUUAAUAGCUCAGAGAAAGGCUGUCUACUGUAACAGCAAAGACAAACUUUGAGGCAUAUUCUUAGGUGGUCAUGGAAUCUGCUCAUUUAUCAAUAUUUAUUGUAGCAUUUAUAAUAGGUUGCCUAUUUAAAAUGUAAUUUUAGUUUUUUUCCUCUAUUUACGCCUCUCUCAUACCGUGAGAGACUUGUGAUCUCCUGUUCAUUUUUACGUAAAACAUCACUCUAGUUGUACUUGUGGCGACAGCAUUUCUGAUUCUAAUUUUGAACUAUUUUUUUGUA